UUACUCCAAAAUGUACUACACGAAAACACAGCUUUUAUUUUUAAAAUCUGUGAUGGAAAGUUGUUUUCACGCUGUGGGUGACAUGAGGGUGUUGCAGAGCAGCAGGUCAUAGAGGUUGAAUGAGUGUUCAGUGUUGAAGGGGUUUCUGCUGGGUAGAGUUACUAUGGCAGGAGCUCUGCAGUUUAUUCUGCUCUUUUCUCUGCAUUGUGGAUCUUUUGUCCUCAUUUCAGCCAGACCCGAUGGAGACACGGCUGCUAUGGGCUCAGAUGCACCUCUAUCUGCAGGAAAGACCAACACCACCGAGGUUCCCGCCACAUACUUCACAGCCAAGUCGACAAGUAAACCUGCAAGAACCACCACAGCUACUGAACAUCUGCCUGAAGACACAAGUAAAGCAGCAAAGACUGGAGCGCCUAAAAAAGAAAGAGAAGAAGAUGGUCCUUUGGAAUUAGAGCGGAGGUCCACCAGGAGCAUUAAGGUAGCAAAGAGACCCAAAACAGUCCAGAAGAAACCCAAACUCAUCACCAAGAAGCCAAAGGUUGUUAAGGAAGCCAGACCUCAGGUUAAACAAAGUGUGAGCCGAUCAGUUGCCACGGAGACAGUUUCACAAUGUCCACCGCUUGGUCUGGAGUCACUGAAGGUCAAAGACACUCAGCUAAGAGCAUCGUCAUAUAAGCGAAGAGGUCUGGGCCCUCACCGUGGUAGACUCAACAUUCAGUCUGGGAUAGACGAUGGUGACAUCUACGAUGGAGCCUGGUGUGCUCAGUACAGAGACCAGAAGCAGUGGCUGGAGGUCGACGCCCUGCGACCGACUCGCUUCACUGGCGUCAUCCUGCAGGGUCGCAACUCUAUCUGGAGCUGGGACAUAGUGCACACCUACAAGGUGCAGUUCAGUAACGACUCGCUGGUCUGGAAGCCAUGCAUGAACGGGAGCAAAGAGGCUAUAUUUGAAGGCAACCAGGAUUCAGAGACUCCAGUCCUCGCCCUUUUCAACACUUCCACAGUGGCCCGUUACAUCCGGAUCAACCCGCAGACCUGGUACCAGAACGGGACAGAAGGCGACAUCUGCCUGAGAGCUGAGGUGCUGGGCUGCACACUCCCAGAUCCUAAUAACAUGUACGCAUGGCAGACAGAACCAACAGGAUCCAAAGACAAACUGGACUUCAGACACCACAACUACAAAGAGAUGAGAAAGCUGAUGAAGUCAGUGAAUGAGGCGUGUCCUGACAUCACCCGCAUCUACAGCAUCGGGAAGAGUUACACGGGUCUCAAGCUCUACGUCAUGGAGAUCUCUGACAACCCUGGAAAACACGAACUGGGAGAACCAGAGUUCCGAUACGUUGCAGGGAUGCACGGGAACGAGGUGUUGGGCCGAGAGCUUCUGCUUAACCUGAUGCAGUACAUAUGUCAGGAGUACAAACGCGAAGACCAGCGCGUCGUCCGCCUGGUCAAAGAGACUCGUAUCCACCUCCUGCCGUCCAUGAACCCUGACGGAUAUGAGAUGGCCUUUAAAAAGGGCUCAGAAUUGGCAGGUUGGGCCCUGGGUCGUUACAGCUAUGAAGGCAUCGACAUGAACCACAAUUUUGCUGAUCUCAACUCAGUGAUGUGGACCGCCAUCGAGCUGGAGACGGACCGGUCGAAACUCAUCAACCACUACUUUCCCAUCCCUGAGCAGUACACCUCCGAGGAAGCUUUUGUGGCGUCAGAAACCCGAGCCGUCAUCAACUGGAUGCAGAACAUCCCGUUUGUUCUCGGUGCUAACCUGCAUGGAGGAGAGCUGGUGGUCACGUAUCCGUAUGACGGGACACGGGAUUGGGCACCUCGCGAGCACACACCCACUCCUGACGAGAGCUUCUUCCGCUGGUUGGCUACAGCUUACGCCAGCACCAAUCGGGUGAUGUCCAACCCAGACCGACGGCCCUGUCACAACAAGGACUUCCUCAGAUACAACAACAUCAUCAAUGGAGCUGACUGGCACAACGUACCUGGAAGUAUGAAUGAUUUCAGUUACCUGCACACCAACUGCUUCGAGGUGACGGUGGAGUUGUCCUGCGACAAGUUUCCUCAUGCCAGCGAGCUUCCUGUUGAGUGGGAGAACAACAGAGAAUCUCUGCUGGUUUACAUGGAGCAGGUCCACCGUGGAAUUAGGGGUGUGGUCCGUGACAAAGACACAGAGGCUGGCAUAGCAGAUGCCAUCAUUAAAGUUGAUGACAUUGAUCAUCAUAUUCGAUCAGUUGCUGACGGCGACUACUGGCGGUUGCUGAAUCCCGGUGAGUACCGGGUGACGGCCAGUGCAGAGGGCUACUACCCUUCCUCUCGCAACUGUCAGGUCAUGUACGACCACUACCCCACAAUCUGCGACUUCCGCCUCACCAAGAUGCCCAAACAGAGACUAAAAGAGAUUUUGGCGAAGGGAGGUAAACUCCCCAAGGACCUGCAGCUCCGGCUGCGCCAGCUACGCCUGCGUAAGCUCCGUGUUUCCACCAAGGUCAUGAACCAGAGGCGUGCAGCUGCUGUAAAGCGGACGAAAAAGGUGUGAUGAUGGUAAAAAGAUAAUGAGAACAAAGCAGAACCUGGUUCAGGUACUCAUCUUCACUGGAUUCAUGUCACUUUCUUCUUUUAAGUGCUGUUUGAAGAGUUCACCUUCUGCUGUGGAGCAGCACCUGAGGGAACCGCUUCUUUCUUAAGGCCACAUUUAUGGUUGCUGUUAAGUCACGUUUCAGUUCCCACAACACAAUUAAAUAAACUGUGGAGGCCAUACCGACCUGUUUACAAAGGACAACUUCUUUAUGUAUGAAGAAACAAAAAGAAACUGGAAUUAGUUUCCAUCCAUGUCUGUCCAGACUCAUCUGUAUCUGUAUCUGUAAUCAUUGACAGAGAGCUUCAUCACACGGUGCAACAACCUGAAGCUCAGCAUCAUCCAAACCAAUCAGCUUCAAGUAUGGAUGCCACUGCUAAGAAACUACAAAUUCUAAAACAUGGACGUUUUGCUGUGGUAUCAAAUGAGAUUCUUUCUUAAACAAUUACUGAAUCAAUCAAUU